AUGGAAAGGCUUCUGAAGGAAGUUAGGGAAGAGGUUACGGUAGAUGAAGGCAGUUAGGGAAGAGAGUAUUAUAAGAAAAGGCAGUUAAAGAAGAGGCUAUGGUACAUGAAGGCUGUUAGAGAAGAGGCUAUGGUUUCAGAAGGCAGUUAAAGAUGAGGCUGUAGAAGAUAAAGCCAGUUGUAGACAAGUUUAUGUUAGAAGAAAGCAGUUACAGAAGAGGCGACGACAGAAGAAGGCAAUUAGAGAAAAGGCUAUGGUUUCAGAAGGCAGUUACAGAAGAGGCUGUGGUUUCAUAAGGCAGUUAGAAAAGAGGCUACAUUACAAGAAGACAAUGAAAGAAGAGGGUAUCAUAGAAAAAGGCAGUGAAGAAAGAGGCUAUGCUACAAGAAGGCAGUUAGACAAAACCCUAAAGCAGCUGUAACGUGGCAUUUAAUGACCGUUCGCUUCGCGGACAGUGACCAAACGUGAAAGAAAAACAAAAACACGCGUAGGAAACGGGGAAAAAACGGCUGCUAACUCAAAUAAAAGACGGUUUUAAAGAGGGUUGAUAGUUUAAAAAGUGCAAAAAUAAGAAUUUUGAUAAAAGAAUAGUUCCACUAGUAUACUGUAUUACAAAGUACACCAUAACACAUAGUAUCAUUAGUACACUGUAGUACACUGCCACUUAGUACAAUAGUACAUACAAGUUUAGUACCACUAGUACACUAUACCACAUAGCCAAUUAGUAUGAGUAGUACAAUGGAGUACAUAACCUGUUAGUACCAUUAGUAUGCUGUAAUACGCAGCCGAUUAGUACGCAGUAAAAAACACUAAAAAAUACUUCCCCCUUGUCAAGUUUUCACCAAAACCCCACCCUUAAACCAAAACCCACACCUUCUCCACUCCAUAUAAAAUCCACCCCUCCGCAGUGCCACAGCAACAGCCCCCUAUCCCCGCUUUCCACCCGCAAAUGCUCGUAUGAUAAGCAGACAUCAAUGAAACACAGUACCAAACAGUACAAAAUCAUAAAAAAUACAAAAACGAGCCAUAGCGGAUUAAAUUAUAGCUCAAAACUAAUUAAACAUGCAUUGAGAGAUGUUUUUUGAAAUUUAAUAUCAAAUAUCGUUACGAAAUGGUAAAAACAAAAGUAGGGAAUUAGCUCUAAUCUUCAUUCAUCCACAAUUUCAGUUUUUUUAUUAAUAUAUGGGUGUUUCUUUAUGUUACCGUAGAUAACCGUAACUACAUCUUCGUAUUAAGCAGAAAAAGAGUAUAUUUUGCCUCUACCUACCCUACCCUACCCUACCCUUUGUUAUAAGUAUAAAAGCAUAUUAAGCUGAAAAAGAGUAUAUUUUGCCUCUACCUACCCUACCCUACCCUACCCUUUGUUAUAAGUAUAAAAGCAUAUUAAGCUGAAAAAACUUUAAAAUUUAAAAACAAAAAGCAUUUUUGAACUUUGCCCUGCCCAUCGUAGCCAUUAAAAAUUCUGAAGUUUGUUUCAAAGUUCGCAACUACUCACAAAUUCUUUAGCCUACGCUUUUUGUUCAAGACCUCCGUGAAGCUCUUAUACAGUAGCUUACCCUAGUCUUAAUCCAAGCUUCGGCUCUACAAAUAGUCUAAGCCCUAGCCUAAGCCCUAGCCAAAGCCCUAGCCUAAGCCCUAGCCUAAGCCCAAGCCCAAGCCCAAGCCCAAGCCCAAGCCCAAGCCCAAGCCCAAGCCCAAGCCCAAGCCCAAGCCCAAGCCCAAGCCCAAGCCCAAGCCCAAGCCCAAGCCCAAGCCCAAGCCCAAACCCAAGCCCUAGCCCUAGCCCUAGCCCUAGCCCUAGCCCUAGCCCUAGCCCUAGCCCUAGCCCCAGCCCCAGCCCCAGCCCCAGCCCCAGCCCCAGCCCCAGCCCCAGCCCCAGCCCCAGCCCUAGCCCAAGCCAAAGCCCAAGCCCAAGCCCUAGCCCUAGCCCCAGCUCCAGCCCUAGCCCAAGCCCAAGCCCAAGCCCAAGCCCAAGCCCAAGCCCUAGCCCUAGCCUAA